UUGAAAGCCAUGGGUUUUCUUGAAGACAGGGACUUUAGCGAUGUGCCGACGAUACCAGAGUAUUAUAAAGGAAAGACUUUGUUUGUUACUGGCGGAUCAGGAUUUAUGGGCAAAGUUUUAAUAGAGAAACUUUUGUAUUCCUGUACGGAGUUAGACAGGAUAUAUCUUUUAUUGAGAAAUAAAAAGGACGUGAAGUCAGAAGAUAGGUUGCAAUCAAUUUAUUCAUCUCCGUGUUUCGAUCGUCUGAGAAAGGAAAAACCCGGUGUCUUCGAAUCUAAAGUGUUCGUUAUUGCUGGCGAUGCGAGUGAGGUUGGGCUUGGUUUGUCCGAAGAAGACAGAGCUCUACUCGUGAACCGUGUCAACAUUAUAUUUCACGUAGCUGCCAGUGUUCGAUUCAAUGAUCCGCUCGCGGUUGCGGCGCGUUUGAACCUGCGAGGCACGAAGGAAAUCGUUGAUCUGGCUAAGGAUGUUAGAUUUUUAGAGGUACUAAUCCACGUCUCAACAUCGUACGCCAACACCAAUAGAGAUCCGGUCGAAGAAAUCAUGUACCCACCCCAUGCCGACUGGAGAGACACUCUGAUGGUUUGCGAGGGAACCGACGAGCACACGCUUAAAGUAUUAACUCCAAAAUACCUCGGGGAGCUGCCAAACACCUAUACCUUCACCAAACAGCUCGCCGAGCACGUAGUUUACGAACAGAAAGGCAAGCUGCCCGCUGUAAUCAUUCGGCCGUCUAUUGUGAUAUCUAGCAUGAAAGAACCAAUGCCUGGGUGGAUAGAGAACUUCAAUGGCCCUGCUGGUAUCCUUGUUGCGAGUGGUAAAGGGAUACUCCGCAGCUUGUAUUCAAACCCGGACAUAUCAGCGGACUACAUGCCUGUAGACAUUGCUAUAAAGGGUUUUAUAGUAGCUGGAUGGAUUAGAGGAACCAAAACGUUGGAGUCCACCGAUGACAUACCAGUAUAUAACUGCUGCGCGGGAAACCUCAACAAAGUUACAAUUGGAGAAGUAGUGAAGCUGGGCCAUGAAGUUGUCGUCUCCAUGCCUCUCAAUGAUGCUCUGUGGAGGGCAGGUGGCUCGGUGACAACGUCGAAACUGGUGCAUUAUAUUAAGGUUUUACUCCUGCAUCUAUUUCCUGCUCUUCUGGUUGAUUUACUUCUAUGGAUAGUUGGAAGGCAACCGAUGUUAGUCAAAAUCCAGAGACGCAUCUAUAUAGCAAACCUCGCUCUUCGUUAUUACUUAACACAGCAAUGGACAUUUAGCAACGAUAACUUUGUCAAACUUCGAGGUUGUUUGAAAGAAGAAGAUGAGCAAAAUUUCUAUUAUGAGAUGGAAAAUAUUGAUAAGUACGAGUUCUUCAAACAAAGCUGUCUCGGAGGAAGGAAAUAUUUGCUCAAAGAAAUGGACGAGGAUUUGCCAAAAGCUCGAGCUCAUUAUCAGAGGAUGAUAUAUUUGGACAUUGUGGUGCAGUGUAUAUUUUACGGGUUCAUAUUCUGGCGACUGAUCCAGACGAGUUUCGUCCAAGAUUUAAUUCAGUCUAUAUAUAGUAUAUUUUUUGUUUCUUCAUAA